AUGUGUCUAAUUAUUGGUUUAAUAAUCAUCCUCUAUGGGGCUUACCGUUUGUAUCAACAUUUUUUUCCAGCACCGGAUAUCAAUUCAAAGGAUAAAUAUGUUCUUAUUAGUGGCUGUGAUACAGGAUUUGGUCAUGGAUUAGCUUUAGAACUUGAUAAACAAGGUUUUAAUGUCCUUGCUGGUGUAUAUGUUCCUGAGAAUGUAGAUUCAUUGAAAAAUAAACUUUCACCUAAAGCUACUGUCUUUCGUCUUGAUAUAACUAAACAAGAAGAUAUUAAUGGUGCAUUUGAAUUAGUCAAAGAAAAGACAAAUGUACUUCAUGCACUUGUUAAUAAUGCUGGGAUUGGUGCGGGUGGGUUCAUCGAUUGGAUAACAUUAGAAUCCAUGCACAAAAUAAUGGAUGUGAAUUUUUUUGGACAUGUAACUAUGACAAAAAAGUUUUUACCAUUAUUAAUAGCUAAACGUGACUGUCGAGUGGUUAAUAUUUGUUCAGUUAUGGGAUUUAUCACUCCACCAGGUAUGUCAGCAUAUUGUGCUUCAAAAUAUGCUUUUGAAUCAUUUUCUGAUUGUCUUCGUCGUGAAAUGACUCCAUGGGGUUUACGAGUGUGUAUUAUCGAACCUGGUUGUUUACGAACACCGAUUAUUGAAGGACACGAUCGUUUAAUGCAAGAAUUAUGGAAUGGAUUAUCAUCAGAUGUACGCAAAAGAUGGGGAGAAGAUUUUUUCAAUGAUUUACUUAAGAGAGCAGUAACAAAUAAUCUUCUUUUUAAUUAUGCUGACAAUCCAAUAAAAGUGGUACGAGCACUCCGACAUGCCGUAAUGAAUAGUAAACCUCGUAUUCGAUAUCAUCCAGAUUGGUACGCAAAAUUUUUCUUUUAUCCAAUUUCUAUGCUUCCUGCUUGGUUGGUUGAUCUGUUUACAUCUCAAUUCAUGAGCUUGUCUCUUCUUCCUGCUGGUGUUAAAAAUCAGAUUAAAGAUUAA